AUGGCUGCGCUGCUGCAACUCGCAUCAAAACAGACCUGUGGAGUAAAUCUAAUUUUGUUGGAAAACUUGCGGAAGUCCUUCGCAAAUCCUCCCGUCUGUGUCGUCGGAACCUGCCAGCAUUCCAGUCGGAACUUUUUCUCCCGAUCGAAAGCCCCCGAGAAACAUGAUUUGUCAGAACAACACCGCGCCGGUCUGCUUGGAGGGAGUCGUCGAAUCAACAACAGAGCGCUUCUUCCGCCGACGGUAUUUGCCAGUACAAAGGCGUCCCAAAAACCGACGACGGCACUGGGGUCCAAUGUGCUAGGGGACAUUUUUCAGCGGAAAAAGAAGAAAGGUCCUCAAAAUCGUUGUCCCUAUUUGACGGUACCGCUAGCGACAACGUUGCAUACCUGUGCAACGGCCAGUGGCUGUUAUCGUUCUAGUUACGGUCCAUUUCCUAUCAGUGGUCAAGCCUUUUCUCGCCUGCCGGGGCAGCAACAACAACAACCAGAUCAAGAACAAAGCCUAGAUACAGAGAAGAAGUUCAUUCCUCAAAAACAACCAAUACGAAAUUGUUUCCAUCUAGGCCAUCAUCCCGCGUCCGGCGAGAAUAUUGGUACAUACGAAGGUCCAGAAAUUACUGCAACCGAUAUGAUCAAGGCGAUGGCAACCUACAUCUGGCCGAAGGAUGAUGCUCUAGUGCGCAAAAGAGUGCUAAUAUCCCUGGGCCUACUGGGCGGUGCAAAGGUGUUGAACGUCUGUGUGCCUUUCCUGUUCAAGAUUGGUGUGGACAAUUUGAGUAACCUCAACAUGGACACUGUUCCGCAGGCGGCUGCCUCGAUGACGAUUGCCGUUCUACUGGGAUAUGGCAUUGCUCGGGCUGGUGCUGCCGGUUUCAACGAAAUGCGCAAUGCCGUGUUUGCGCGAGUGGCCCAGCACUCGAUUAGGAAAAUUGCUACCAAUGUGUUCCUCCAUCUGCACAAUCUGGAUUUGCAGUUCCACCUGAGCAAGCAAACCGGUGCUCUGUCCAAGACCAUCGAUCGAGGCUCCCGUGGUAUAAACUUUGUACUGACGGCAAUGGUGUUCAACGUUGUUCCAACCAUGUUCGAGCUAGCCCUGGUCUCCAGCAUCCUCGGGGCUAAGUGUGGAUUCGCCUAUGCAGCCCUUUCCAUGGGAUGCGUCGGUGUAUACAGUGCCUACACGCUUGCGGUCACCCAAUGGCGAACCAGAUUCCGGGUCUACAUGAACCAAGCGGAAAACGAAGCGGGUAACAAGGCCGUCGAUUCACUAAUCAACUACGAAACGGUUAAGUAUUUCAACAACGAACGAUACGAAGCACAGCGCUACGACGACGUGUUGAAAAAAUAUGAGGCAGCUAGCUUGAAGACCAGCACCAGCUUGGCACUGCUCAACUUUGGUCAAAAUGCGAUCUUCAGUGUGGCACUGAGUGCGAUCAUGGUGAUGGCCGCGAAUGAAAUCGUCAAUGGCAACAUGACCGUGGGAGAUCUGGUCAUGGUCAAUGGAUUGCUAUUUCAGUUAUCGAUUCCAUUGGGUUUCCUCGGAAGCGUAUAUCGGGAAGUGAGACAAGCUCUGUUGGAUAUGAGAACCAUGUUUACCUUGAUGGGCGUUAAAAGUGCUGUACAAUCGAAGGUAAAUUCUCUACCACUACAGGUCAGUCGGGAAACUGCUUCGAUUGAAUUCAAAGAUGUUUGCUUCAAGUACAAGCACAGUAAUACCAUUUUCGAUCAGCUGAGUUUUACGAUUCCGGCUGGUAAGAAGGUCGCUUUCGUCGGCGGGUCGGGGUCCGGAAAAUCUUCGAUGGUACGUCUCCUAUACCGAUUUUUCGAACCCACCUCCGGUCAGAUACUCAUCAACGGCCAAGAUAUUCGGGAUGUUAAUCUGGACAGCCUGAGGAAAGCAAUCGCCAUUGUUCCGCAGGAUUCGGUUCUGUUCCACGAUUCAAUUCGCCACAACAUCCACUACGGAGACUUGUCCAAGGGUCAGGAAGAGGUUGAAGAGGCUGCUCGAAUGGCAGAUUUGCAUGAAUCCAUUCGAAGGUGGCCCAAGCAGUACGAAACGCAGGUCGGCGAGCGUGGCUUGAAGCUGUCGGGAGGAGAGAAACAACGGGUGGCUAUCGCCAGGGCCAUCCUGAAGAACUCUCCAAUUCUGAUCUUUGACGAAGCGACCAGCAGUUUAGAUUCCAUUACAGAGCACAACAUUUUGAAAGCCUUGGCACGGGCAACGGAACACAGAACAAGCAUCUGCAUUGCCCAUCGGCUGUCGACCGUGAUGGACGCGGAUGAAAUUCUUGUGCUGGAGAACGGACGCAUCUGCCAGCGGGGCACACACGAGCAGCUGCUCCGAAGUGGCGGAUUGUAUACGAAGCUGUGGGAUACACAGAACCGAUUGUACAUGAGUGGUGACGCCGAAAGUAUGACGGAUUCCGGUGUGAAAGACUUGAAGUAAUGUACUGAUUUCUUUCCAAGCAGGAUUGUUAAAUAUCUUUAAAAUACGUAUUUUAGGGCAGAUUUAUAAUGAAUUCAAUUGUUGUGUAUAUAUAUACUUUUUAU